AUGGCUUCUCGCAACCAGAAUCGACCUCCUCGCAGCCCUUCAACUAGGAAGGAGCUUGGAGAUGAAAAUCCAUUAGAUAAACGGAGAAGGCUUGGAGCAAUGGGAAGAGGAGCGGGAGCUACAGGAACCGGUCGAACACGACAACCCUUUUCUGCUGUUAACAACCGCCAAGAGGUCACUUCAGCCGUCGCUGCCCCCGAGGAAUGUUCGAAUCAUGAAUUCACAAAAGAAGAAGUGGAAGCGAUAUUGAACGAGAAGCCGAAAGCAAAAAAGUUCGAUCUCAAGGCUAAAUACGAACAUGCAGCGGACCAUAAUAAAAGGCUAAAGCUUUGUGUGAAGUGGUUUCAACAAUGUGAUGAGAAUCAUGCACUGGAAGAAGAGAAGCUUAAGAAUUCAUUGGAAUCUGCUUUGAAAAGAUGCAUGGAUACAGAGUUGGAGAAGAAAAACAAGGAGGAAGAACUGAAUUCUAUUAUUUCUGAAUUAAGGGACAAUAAUACAUCUCUACAGGAGAAGCUUUCCAAGGAAGUGUCAGAAAAGCUCGAUGCUAUUGAACGCCACACAAGUGAAAAUGAAGCUAGGGUUGCUGCUGAAAAGUCAGUUGCUUCACUGACAGAAGAGCUUGAAAGAGCUCAGCAGGAUCUAGCAGCUGCUAAUGAGAGGGCUGUCUCCCUUGACAAUACACACAAGCGAUUACAAGAGUAUAUCCUGAGUCUUCAACAAUACAAUUCCAAAUUAAUCAAUGACCUUGAAACAGUUCGUGAGUCACUCAAACGAGUAGAAAAGGAGAAACUGACAAUAGUUGAGAAUCUGAGCACUUUAAGAGGCCACUGUAGUUCAUUGCAAGAACAAUUGACCUCGUCAAGAGUUUCACAAGAUGAUGCUGUUAAGCAAAAGGAAACAUUAGUAAAUGAAGUCAAAUGCUUGCGAGGGGAACUGCAACAAGUCAGGGAUGAUCGUGACCGACAAAUGUCACAAGUGCAGGCACUAUCUGCUGAAAUUGAGAAGCACAAAGAAAGUACUGGAAAUUCAUUAGCAGAAUUAGAUAACUUGACAACAAAAUCAAAAUCGUUGGAGGAUACAUGCUCUUCUCAGAGAGAGCAAAUAAGGAUAUUGGAGCUACAGCUGGCUGCCGCAAAUGAGGAACUAAAGAUGACCGAUUUGUCGGCUUCAGAAACAAGAAUGGAAUAUUUAGAAAAGAAAAGAAUGGCGCAAGAACUACAAGAUCGGUUGGCAGAUAUGGAACGCAAACUUAUUGAUGGAGAGAAUUUGAGGAAAAAGCUGCACAAUACUAUUCUGGAACUGAAAGGGAACAUCCGAGUUUUUUGUCGGGUACGCCCUCUAUUACCGGAUGAUGGUGCUGCAGCAGAAGGUGCAAUUAUCUCUUAUCCUACAUCAACAGAGUCUCUUGGCCGUGGCAUUGACUUGAAACAAAGUGGACAAAAGUAUCCUUUCACAUUUGACAAGGUUUUCAAUCACGAGGCUUCACAACAAGAUGUUUUUGUAGAGAUAUCCCAAUUGGUACAGAGUGCGCUCGAUGGAUAUAAGGUUUGUAUAUUUGCUUAUGGACAGACAGGUUCAGGUAAGACUUACACCAUGAUGGGAAGGCCAGAAGUCCCGGAACAGAAAGGUUUGAUACCGCGUUCCUUGGAGCAGAUAUUUCAAAGUAGCCAGUCCCUGAAAGCACAGGGAUGGAAAUACAAAAUGCAGGCUUCAAUGUUGGAAAUAUACAAUGAAACCAUCCGAGAUCUGUUAUCAAAUAAUCGAUCAGUUGGUUCAGAUCCAACACGCUCCGAAAAUGCAGUUUCCGGAAAGCAAUACACAAUUAAACAUGACGCGAACGGUAAUACAUAUGUCAGUGACCUGACCAUUGUUGAUGUUAGCAGCAUAACUGAGAUUUCCUCCCUUUUACGGCAGGCUGCUCAAAGCAGGUCUGUGGGCAGGACUCAAAUGAAUGAGCAAUCCUCAAGAAGUCACAUGGUUUUCACAUUAAGGAUAUUGGGAACAAAUGAGAGCACCGAGCAACAAGUGCAGGGAGUCUUGAACCUUAUCGAUCUUGCAGGAAGUGAGCGACUAUCAAGGAGUGGUGCUACUGGAGAUAGGUUGAAGGAGACUCAGGCCAUUAACAAAAGCUUGUCAUGUUUGAGUGAUGUCAUUUUCGCCUUGGCAAAGAAGGAUGAUCAUGUGCCUUUUAGGAAUUCCAAGCUGACAUAUCUUCUCCAGCCCUGUCUCGGUGGAGAUUCAAAGACACUUAUGUUCGUGAACGUGUCACCGGAUCCUACUUCAAUAGGAGAGUCGUUGUGCUCUCUCCGCUUCGCUGCUAGAGUGAAUGCAUGUGAAAUUGGAGUUCCCCGUCGUCAGAUGACCUUGCAGCCUGCUGAUUCUCGGCUGAGCUGUGGCUGA